UCUAGGGAAGGGCGCGAGAUAGAAAUCCAGAAGCGCGGACAGUAACGAUAGUAGGGCGCGGAUCUACAACUAAAUCGGCUUAAGGACGUUAGCACAACAGCACCAACCCAAACCUGAAAAAAGAAAAUAUUCUGAGGAAAUCGAAACAUUUGUGUACAUGACGUGCAAGGCCAGCAGAACCAGUACACGGGUCGUAAACAACAGAAAAAACGGGGGGAAAUGUCCUGGUGGCCGCGCGGUGAGGAGGGGGAGGACAACCACCAUCCUGACACUGAUUCGGAUGUUGCAGAGCACAGAGAUGGUGGGAAAGUGAAAGUAAAGUGGACACAAGAGGAGGAUGACAAGCUGAAGACACUGGUUCAAAAUCUGGGACAGUAUGAUUGGAAGAAUGUGGCUUUCCACAUGGAAAAUCGCACUGAACACCAAUGUCAACACCGUUGGUUCAAGGUUUUGGAUCCCGAACUAAUUAAAGGUCCUUGGACCAAAGAAGAAGAUGACAAGGUCAUAGAGCUUGUAAAUCUCUAUGGUAACAAACAAUGGGCAGUGGUAGCCAAGCAUCUGAAAGGUAGAGUGGGGAAGCAGUGUAGAGAGCGUUGGCACAACCACCUCAACCCCUCUGUGAAGAAAUCUUCAUGGACGGCCGAGGAGGACCUCAUCAUCUAUAAGGCUCAUUCUCUUCUUGGAAAUCGCUGGGCUGAGAUUGCAAAACUACUUCCAGGAAGGACUGAUAAUGCUGUGAAGAAUCACUGGAAUUCAACAAUUAAGCGCAAAGUAGAAAUGGGCUUCUACGCAAGAGAAAAUUUGACACCAAGUGAGCUGGAGGAGCUACUAACCCAUGUCAAAGAUAUGCAGAUUCCCGGUUGCUCACAAGAGCAAGCUGACCUGGAUUCAGCACAAGACACACAUCCCUCAUUGGAGGAAACGUCAGACAUAAACACUCUCAAUGGUGGUGACGAGGCAGUUCCUACCCAGCCCGUUCCCUCUCCAAAAGAAAGUUCAAGUCCCAUGUCAGAGGCAGAAUACACAGGAGAGAUUAAUUCAACAAACUGGAUUGUGGACAGCUUUCUCUUCCCCAAGGGGCCAACGUUGAAGGAGGUCCUGGAAAUGGUGGACUCCGAUGGCUGGUGUAACUUAGCAGCAUUUGACUUGCCUGAAGAGAACCCAAGCUCAGAACGCCACCAGUUCCGCCUUGAAGGCAGCACCCUGCAGGAAUUGAGCAGGGGCAGCAAAGGAGAACUCAUACCAAUCUCUCCAGGUGGAGUUACGCCUCCAUCCAUACUGAGUCAUCGAAGUCGGAGACACUUGUCUCCUGAUACUAAUAGCUUAAAGACGCCGAAGAGCACACCGGUAAAGAUCUUGCCCUUUUCACCCUCUCAAUUCCUGAACAUGUGGACGAAGCAGGACACUCAUGACCUGGAGAACCCAUCACUCACAUCCACACCAGUGUGCAGUCAAAAAGCCAUUGUUACCACACCUCUACAGAGGGACAAGACCCCCAUCAAUUUAAAGAAAAUAUCUGUAUUUGUUACACCCAACCGCAAGACCGAGCUCUGCACAAUGCCACGCACACCAACACCGUUCAAAAAUGCCAUGGAGAAGUACGGCCCUUUGCAGCCUCUGCCCCAGAGUCCAAACCUUGAGGAAGACAUAAAGGAAGUGAUCCUAAGGGAUGUGGGGAUUGACUUGGCGCUUGAACUUCCACCUGAUCCCGAGCAAAGAUACAAAACAAUGCAUCGCCCUCCAAUGAAGAAAGUACGAAAGUCAUUAGCACUUGAUGACUGCCAAGUGAUUCCCAAGUCCAAACGCAAAUCUAAGACUGAACCUAAAAAGGGAAUGAAGGAAGAACCUAUGACUGUUCACAUAAGCUCGUCAUUUUGUCGUAAACCCCAUGAAAAUAUUUUGGAUCAGGGAUUCCUUUUAGGACCAAGUGACAAUGCUAUUUUUCCUAGUGUGGUGCCCCCAAUUCUGAAAUCCAAAGAAUGGGAGACAGUUGCAUAUGGACAAACAAAAGAUCAGCUCAUUAUGACAGAGAAAGCAAAGCGUUUCCUGAGAUCCUUAAAAUCCCACACGCCAAACAGACCUCUGGUGUUGUCCUGAGACUAUUCGCACCUUUGUACCAGGUUGUUACACAAAUGCAACAGAAUGUUAUGUUUGCUGUUGUGCCGUUGUAAAGAAAAGUAUUGUUGGCUCCUUGUGAAUGCUAUAACAAAUUUUAACUACAUGCUUGGUGUCUACAUGAUUACAGUUUAUCUUAAAUUGUUGAUCUAUGCAAGGAGACACGGAAAUAGAAAUGCUUGUGGAUUUUGUCAAAAUUUUAAGGCCACUUUAAGGCUUGAAACCAAUAUUCCCGGCAAUUGUUUCAUCAAAACAGCAGCUAAAAAAUGUUUACAAAAAAUAAAAUAAAAAUAAUUUAACACCCAGAAAAGAAAAUCAUGCCUUGAUUCUUCAGUAAUAAAUGAAAAUGGUUUUAUAUUGCAUAUGUGCAUUUUCUUUGUUUUUCUUUUCAACUUGUUCAAAUGGCUAGUAAUGAUAAAGCAGAACUGUGCAAAUUUGAGUUGAACAAAUCCAACUGCAUUUGUCAAGAGAGAACAAGAUGUUUUAGACAUGCACACAAUUUAGCAAUGAUUACUAGGCAGAAGAUGCUGGAAGGGUGGUACUACUGAGCCCUCCAUGUGAAAAGAAUUUUUCAUUGUCUUGAGAACAUGUAAAUGUGUAAUAAUAUAUGUAUUGGUGCAUUUUUGAGAAGCAACAAGUAUA